AUGGUGAAGCUCUUCUGUGCGAUCGUUGGUGCGGCGGGCAGCGCGUUUUCGGUGCGAGUGGACGAGAGCGACUCGGUGGAUGACUUGAAGGACGCGAUCAAGGAGAAGAAGAUGUACCAGUUCCCUGCUGACGAGCUGCAGCUCUUCCUGGCGAAGACGGAGGGCGGCGUGUGGCUGGAUAGAGCUGGCGCGGCAUCUGUGGCGCUCGAUGAACGUGGAUACCCGCAAGGCUUCGGGCAGAUGGAUCCCACCCUGUGGAUCAAGAACCCCAAGCACUUUGGCGAUAAUUUUCAACCGGGUGAAGGACAAGUUCACGUGCUGGUGGUGGUUCCGGAGCAAGAACACGCACAAACUGGAUUGUGGCUUGUCACUGGAUCCGUUGACAACGCGCUGAACACGAAAGGGAUUCGCUGCAAACUGUACUGGAUGGCGACGUUACGCAUUGGAUACUACGAUCCUACGCGCUGCAUCGGCAACAAGAAUGUCGCGUUUUGGUAUGAAGACAAGAAAUUGUGUUUUCAUGUUUUAUUCGAGACAAAAGAUGCUGCUUUGCUGUUCGAAACUGACUUAAGGACUGGGCCACAAACGCUGGGCUCUCCGUUAACUGACCAGGUUGUUGAGACGCGUGUUGCACCAGCUAACGCUGUGUCUACUGAUCUCCAGCGCGUCUUCUACUGCGACUACGUUCCAGACGAUUCGGAAUCUCCUCAAAACACAGUUUCAUCGAUAUCGUUGACUACAAGCGUUUCGAAUCUGGACUCAUCGACUGACGAGUUUCGUUUUCAGCGGAUUGAGCACGAGAAGUUCUUCCUACCGUACGGCAAGGCAGAAAGCUGCCAUUUGGUGUCGAAAAAGCAAAGCAGAGACCACAAACGGGAAUUCGCCAAGUACGAUCGCGACUCAAACAACAGGCUUGCGCUUUCUCGCGAUAUGCAUGGUUGGUUCGACGGUAUGGGCAUUGAGGUUCCCAUCGUCAACAUGCUACCCGGAUCUGUUGAAGAGAAUCAAUCCAUUGGCAACAGACGCAAGGUCGAGGUCUUCGUGAAGGUUCUGGAUGCUCAGUGCACAGAUGGCGUUUUCAGUCGUUUGAAAGAAGGAUCAACCACGACGAACGAUCCGCUCAUGAUGAAGACGUUUGUUCACGAAGACAGUAAGUACCGCAUCUACCAAGGCAAUUACAUGGAGUCGCACCUAUAUGAGGGAAUCCAGCCUGCUGACUUCUACGACAAGCUUGAGAACGUGCUUGCAACCCAGAAGUCUGCCUUCAAGGUCAACAUCGCUCUUGGAUACAAGCUUGUCAGCAGAACCGAUGACAGCGAGACUCGCUACUUCCACCCGAAUAUUAGCAACACAUCUGUAUUUAGCACUCCUGUGGCUAUCAACAGCAAGGCUGAUAUUCGUAAGAAGGUGAUCUCGGAGAUUCGCUCCAUGGAGUUGGCUGACAAGCUCAACUACCCCAGAUCCGGGUACAUGGUGAAGGGUAUUACUGGCUUCAAAAUCUAUAUCUACCAGCGCGACCAUGCGCUGGGCGAUAGUGAGGCUGUCAUUCCUAAGGUGAUCCGCGAUAACAAGCACGUCAUCAACUUCCCCAAGACGAAUAACAAGUGUGUCUUCCACUGCAUUGCUUAUCACAAGCAGGAGGGGGCGAAGAAGGAUCCACGCAGAAUCCAGGCUCUGGUGAAACAAGCCUUCAAGCAGUACUGUUCGUACAAGGAGAUCACCUACACUCUGGGCCUGUUCCGCAAUUUCAAGCCUAUCGAUAUUCUCCAAUUCGAUGAGCUUGAGGAGUGCUUCAAGCUGAACAUCAACGUCUUCACCAUGGAUGUUGAGACGGGCAAGGUUGAAUGCAUUCGCCGCUCGGACAAGGACUAUGAUUCGAUCAACAUCCUGUCGCACGAGAAUCACGCUCUCUACAUCACGAACAUUGAUAUGCUCCAGCAGAAGUACCAAUGCUCUAAGUGUGAGAUGGUGUUUGUCAGCUCUGAUAAGCUACGCAACCACACCAAGAACCAGUGUGAACUCGUGAACAUCGAAUCGUUCCCAGCUCAGCCAACCAUCUACCAACCCGCUCCGAAUAGCAUUCGUUCCAUACUGACUAAGUACUCCAUCGAGGAUGCUGACCAUUACAUUGAUCACUUCAUUGUAUAUGAUUUUGAGGCUAUCCUCAAGCCUACGGGUGUCAAACACGGAGAGAAUACUAUCUUCACAAACGAACACAUCCCUGUGUCUGUUUCCGUAGCCAACAGCUUGACUGAGGAGGUGCGAUGCUUUGUCAGCGAUGAUCCAAAGGAGUUGCUCAAGGAUAUGUUCCAGUACAUCGAGGAAGUUGCGGCUAAGAUUCAGCGGUACAACGUCUCGAAGUAUGAGACUUUGCUACACAAGAUCAUCAACGUCCAUGGUUUGACUGACGCUGAGGUUCCUGGCCUAGACUUGGGUAAGACGUACAAGAUGGAAGAUGUCAAUGCUUGGAUUCAGAACGGAGAUUUUGCUAGUUUCUUCGAUCUCCACAGCAAGCUCACAUUCGGUAAGAAGCGCUCUGACUAUGGAAACCUGAAGCAGUGCAUUGAUCAGGUACCAGUACUCGGAUUCAACUCUGGACGAUACGACAUCAAUCUUAUCAAGGCGGACCUGUUUGCAGUCAUCGGUACUGACAACAUCACAUCAGUCAUCAAGAACCCUAGCUACAUGUGCAUCGCCACGUCAGACAUGAAGAUGCUUGACAUUAGCAACUAUGUUCCGGCAGGCACCAGCUAUGCGAAGUACUUGUCGACAUAUCUCGGUGAGUGCAAGUGUGAUGACAAGAUUCGAUACGUCUGUGGCCUAGGAAAAGGUAUCUUCCCGUACGAGUACAUUACGUCAUUUGACGUACUCAGUCAGUCGGAAGUCCCUCCUAAGUCAGCAUUCGACAGCACUCUCCGUAGCACUAGCAUCAGUGAUGAGGACUUUGCGCGGGUACAGUUCGUAUGGGGGCACUAUGGCAUGAAGUCAAUCAAGGAUCUACUAAUUUGGUACAACAACCUCGAUGUAGUCCCCUUCAUCAAGGCCAUCAAAGCCCAGCGAGAACUAUUCAAACGUUUCGAACUUGAUAUGUUCGCUGAUGGUGUGUCGCUACCUGGUCUCUCUGAGAAAGUCAUGUAUCAGACGUGCUUCUCCAAACUUGUUAAGCAACCUAGAGUCCCAGCUAAGGCAUUCGACUUCCCUGAGCAGCGCUACCUAGGCUACAUCGAGCAAGAUGAGAAGGCUGACCGCGAGUUCGGUAUGACCAUACAACACCUGGAUGAGCUGCUAGAGCGUCAAAAGUACCUGUGUGGUCUAUGCUAUAAGCAACUCACAGCUGAUACUGCCUCGGCUGACCGAAUCAACAACAAGCUCGGACACAUUGAUGGCAAUAUCUUGAUCAGCUGUGUUGGAUGCAACGUUGCUCGCAAGAACAUGUCGCUCAAGGGCUUCCGCCACAAGAAGCUACUUGAAUUCAACUCAGACAGGUUGGUGUACAGUAUCGAUAGAGAGGAGAAGGACAUCUACACCAAGAUGAAGGCGAACAUUGCUGGUGGCCCUUCUAUCAUUUUCAACAGAUACGCGAAACGCAACGAGACCAAGAUUCGAGGGGGUAAGAUCUGCAAAAAAAUCAUCGGCUACGAUGCUAAUGCUCUGUAUUUGUGGGCUCUUGGUAACGAGAUGCCAUGUGGACGGUUGACCACCAUCGAGGCAUACACAGGGAUCGUCGAUGAUAUUGUAAAUGGCAAGAUCUUUGGCUUCCUAGAGUGUGAUAUCCGUACACCAGAGCAUCUCAAACCCUAUUUCAGUGAAAUGACCCCAAUUUUCAAGAACACCCUUAUCGACUGCAGCGAUCGGAGUGUCAUCGGUCAGCAUAUGUUCGAGUACAACGAGGGCUACUUUGGUGAGAAGAUCCUCAUUUAUGCACCGCUACUCAAAUGGUACAUUUCUCAUGGCAUGGAGAUCACCAAGACUUACAGCUUCAUCAGGGCUAGCUCUCACAAGGCGUUUGCUCCAUUCAUGGAAGCCGUAUCGAACGCGCGACGGGAAGGUGAUGCCGAUAAGUCUAAGGCCAUGAUUGCUGAGAUGAUGAAACUAGUAGGUAAUUCAGCGUUCGGUCGCAGUGGCAUGGACAUGAGCAAGCAUAAGGAGGUCAAGUAUGAGUCGGAUGAGAAGGCAAUUAAAUCAAAGAUUGAGCACUUCACCUUCCAUGGAAUGGAAGAGUUGAAUGAUUCAUGUGAAUUCACAGUGAAGAAGAGAAAGCUCAACAACAAGAACCCAAUUCAUCUCUCAAUUGCAAUCUAUCAGCUCGCUAAGCUCCGCAUGCUUGAGUUCUACUACGAUUGUAUUGACUUCUACUUCGACCGCUCAAAUUUUCAGUAUCAGGAGAUGGACACCGACUCUGGCUACAUCGCUUUCAGCUGUGAAAAGCCAUUUGAGGAGUGCAUCAAGCCUGAGCUUCGUGAGCAUUUUCAGCAGCACAAGUAUGAGUGGUUCCCGCGCGACUAUAAUGAGACUGUAGCCAAGUUUGACCGUCGAACCCCUGGUUUAUUUAAGGAAGAGUGGUCUGGUGAUGCUAUGGUAUCAUUGUCCUCUAAGAACUACAUUUGCUACCUACCAGAUGAAUCUUACAAGGUCAAGGUUUCAGCGAAGGGAGUCCAGCAGAGUGCUGGACGCAAUGGCGACGUCCUCAACCCAGAUGGCUUUGAAUCAGUUGUUCGCGAUCGCAUCACGCUACAGGGUACCAACAAGGGGUUUAGACUCAGUAAGGAGACAAUCACUCACCUCCAGUACAACUUCCACGACAAGCUCGAGGAUCCACUUUCGACGCUCCGCGCCGAGUAUGACAAGCUGAAAGGUGAAUUAGAGCUAGAAAACGAUAAUCCUAGCAUCAUCAAACAGCUGAAGUCUCUCACGGUGGAUAUGUACAGCAAUCGUCUGAUUGAUGAUAAGGAGUUCAAGGAAAUUAUCACUCGAUUACUAUAA